GGAGAAAGGGGUUUGGCUUGCUGUUAAUCAUUGAGUUAAAGUGGAGGCUGGUUUCUGCUCAGUGAAUUCAGUGAGAACAGAACAAUCAGAGUGGGACAGCAGGGGAGAAACAGACUUCAUGUAUCUUAAUGUGUGUACACUUUGAAUGUGUUUUUCAUCAGCACUUCAUUGGAGGUUGUGCGCUUGUGUCCUGCACUGAUUCACUUAAGCUCAUUCACAAAACAUCUGGAAGAGUUUUCACUGUGGGGUCUGCUGUACAUCAACAUGUUAGCUGUUCACCUCGUUUCCUUCUUCUUCUCCAAACUCCAGGAGGACCCCACGAAAAAGGUGGACAGGUUCCUCUAUGCUAUGCGUCUCCAUGACGACCAGCUAAAACACAUCGCGGCUCGUUUCCAGGCUGAAAUGAAGAAGGGGCUUUCAUCGGACAGCAACGCCACAGCGGCGGUGAAGAUGCUGCCCACACAUGUUCGCUCCACUCCUGAAGGAACAGAGAAAGGACAGUUUCUGGCAUUGGAUCUUGGAGGCUCUAAGUUUAAGGUGCUCCAAGUUAAAGUGAGAGAAGACAUGGGGAUUAGGAGGGGAGGCGUGGAGAUGGUGGAAAAGAUCUACCCGAUAUCGAAGGAGCUACUCACUGGGAAAGGAACGGAGUUGUUCGAUCAUGUUUCAGAGUCUCUAAAGGAUUUCAUGCGUGAGAAGAACAUCAGUUUGGAGAAGAAACAUCCUUUGGCUUUCACUUUCUCUUUCCCCUGUGAACAGUCCACCUUGGAUAAGGGAUUAUUACUGAGCUGGAGUAAGAACUACCGGGUUCGAGGCCUUCAGGGUAAAGAUGUGGUCCAGGCCCUCAGAGACGCUAUUGACAGAACUGGGGGUAUGAAUGUGGAGGUGCUAGCCAUGGUUAACGACUCUGUAGCAACCAUGAUGACCUGCGGCUUUGAUGACCAGCACUGUGAAGUAGGACUCAUCAUCGGCACUGGCACCAAUGCCUGCUACAUGGAGGAGCUGCGUCACGUCGACCUGGUGGAGGGAGACGAAGGCAGGAUGUGUGUGAACACCGAGUGGGGGGCCUUCGGAGACGACGGGGCUCUGGAUGAUUACAUCACUGAGUUUGACCGUGAGGUCGAUGCAGCCUCCAACAAUCCUGGAAAACAAAUCUUUGAGAAGAUGAUCAGUGGGAUGUAUCUGGGCGAGUUAGUGAGACUGGUUGUAUUAAAGAUGGCUAAAGUUGGACUGCUGUUUGACGGAAAGGUGUCUGAAGCCCUGAGAACUAAAGGGAAGAUAACCACUGCACAUGUAGCAGCCAUGGAGGAGUACAAAACUGGUUUGAAGAACACAAGAGACAUUCUCAUGGAGCUUGACUUGAACCCAUCAUCUGACGACUGUGUUGCUGUCCAGCAUGUCAGCACCAUAGUGUCCUUCAGGUCCUCAAAUCUGGUGGCUGCAGGAUUGGUGGCCAUCUUGAGUCGAAUUAAACAAAAUCGGGAUUUGAGAACACUGAAGAUCACCGUGGGUGUGGAUGGAACUCUGUACAAGACACACCCACAGUAUCUUAAACGUCUCCAUAAAGUCGUACGCCGCUUGCUUCCUGAGUGCCAUGUCAGAUUUGUCCUCUCAGACAGCGGCAGCAGCAAAGGAGCCGCCUUAGUGACAGCAGUUGCCCAACGGCUGGCAUCACAAAGGCGACAGGUGGAUGAGACACUGUCUCCCUUCAAACUGAGCCAAGAGCAGCUGCAGUUGGUCAAGGUCAAAAUGAGGGAGGGCCUGGAAGCGGGCCUGAAGACUAAAGGCCCCUCUGCCAUCAAGAUGCUGCCUUCUUUUGUGUACCGCACGCCUGAUGGCACAGAGCAUGGAAAGUACCUUGCUUUGGAUCUGGGUGGAACAAACUUCAGAGCAUUGCUGGUGAAUUUUAAAAAAGGUCUGCAACAGAACUCACACCUUUACCAUAAGAUCUACACCAUACCACAGGAGAUAAUGCAGGGAACUGGAGAAGAGUUGUUCGAUCAUAUAGCGCAGUGUGUUGGUGACUUCCUGGACUACAUGGGAAUGAAGAAUGUUAAACUUCCUGCAGGCUUCACAUUCUCUUUCCCCUGUGAGCAGACCGCGAUCGACACGGGCACACUGGUGAGCUGGACUAAAGGCUACAAGGCCACAGGCUGUGAAGGACAUGAUGUUGUUAGCAUGCUGAGGGAGGCCAUCCACAGACGCAAUGACUUUGACUUGGACAUAGUAGCAGUAGUCAACGACACAGUUGGCACCAUGAUGAGCUGUGCCUAUGAAGACCCUCAGUGUGAAGUUGGACUGAUUGCUGGAACUGGCACUAAUGUUUGUUACAUGGAGGAAAUGAAAAACAUUGAGAAGACUAAACCAAAGAUGGGAAGAACUGAAAGACAAGGAGAAAAGGAUGAUGAGCCCGAAGGAGAGAAAAAAGAGAACCAUGCUGAGAUAUCAAAGAUGUGUAUAAACACAGAGUGGGGAGGUCUGGGUGAUGAUGGCUCCCUGGAUGACAUCAUCACACCAUAUGACAUGGAGGUGAACCAAAACUCACUUCACCCUGGAAAACAAAGGUUUGAAAAGAUGACCAGUGGAAUGUAUUUAGGAGAAGUGGUCCGUCAGGUGUUGCUGGAUUUAACCAGAGGAGGGUUGCUGUUCAGGGGACGUGUUACUGAACCUUUAAAAACACCUGGAAUAUUCAAAACUGAAUAUCUGUCACAAAUAGAGAGUGACCGCCUGGCGUUACUGCAGGUCAGAUGUAUCCUCCAACAGCUGGGGCUAAACAGCACCUGUGAUGACAGCAUUAUUGUCAAGGAGGUAUGCGGGGCAGUGUCACGACGUGCAGCUCAGCUGUGUGGGGCAGGAAUGGCGGCCGUGGUCGAUAAGAUCAGAGAGAACCGAGGACUGGACCAUCUGAACAUCACUGUAGGGGUGGACGGGGCACUUUACAAACUGCAUCCACAUUUCUCCCGAGUCCUCCAGGAGACUGCUCGAGUUUUGGCUCCUCGGUGUAACGUGACCUUCCUGCCGUCAGAGGAAGGCAGCGGGAAGGGUGCCGCCCUCAUCACGGCCGUGGCCAGACAGAGGGAUGACUGAAAAAAGUGUUUUCCACUUUUGUCUCGAUUUGGAGUACCCACUACCCUAAGCACUGCUGUUUGUCCCUGUAACCUGCAGACCUCAAAAUGGAGUCGGCAAAGAGCUCCAGCUGAAAGGAAUAACACAUGCGGAGGGUUUCCCAGCAUGAUUCCUCACAAGCUCCCCACCCAUCAACACAGGCCUUUUGUCUGACUGCUGCCAGAGACUGAAUUCCUUUUCCCAAUAAUAUCUGAAGAACUGGAUUCCAAUUGAUGGAUUUUUGCAAAAUGACAACAAAGCUUGUCAACCUGCUUCUCAAACUUUUUUUCUUAUUUGCCCUCUGAAUUUUUGGUACUUGAGGGCUUCAAACCAAAGCUCUCUGGUUUUUAUGUUUAUUGUCGUGGGAAUAAACUACAGCUGAGUGGUUGCUUUUGGACAAGAACGAACACUCAAACAUCAAAAUUCACAUCCUGCAAAUGACACAAGUUUAGUACGUCAUGUGAGGUCAAAGAAAAAUGAUACGUGCAGCUCACCUAACUGACCGUUCACAUCAGGUGUCAAAAUGUGAUUAUAGUCUACAUGAUGUGAUUCUGUGAAGAACUGAACAGUCUCGUCCCUUCUGUUCCAACAUUCACCCACACUGCCUGUUUAUGUGUUCCUAUUCACUGACUUUUUUGUUUGUUUGUUUUACAAUAUUUACUUAAAGAUAUACUACUACAGAUUUUCCCUUAAAAAAAAACAACAACAACAAUGUAUAGACUCAUACCAAAAUAAUUCCUUAUUGCUCUCUGAGUGAUGUUUUUGGGCAUCAAGGAUUCUGGACGAAGACGAUUAAUUGUGGACUCUCAUUCCCAAGUUGUCAGUUACUGAGGUGACAAUUUAGUGACAAUUUGACCGCCUGGGAAUAAGACUCAACAGUCAACUCUCAUUACUCAGAGUCACUUACAGUGUGGUUACAGACAGCAACCAACAAAUCCUGCAGAGCAUACCUGCAACAGAUAUAAAUAUCUGGCUGGCUUAAUGAUAAAAAAUAAAAAAUUGGAUGUUUGAAAAACUAACUUCUUCAGUGA